UAUACCUCUUCCAAGAAGAGUCAUGGCGCACAACCAGGAGCUUCUAGCCAAGACCCCCAUCAUCAAGUUCAGGCAACAGGACUUUUACUCCUUGCGGGAUUAUUGCCUAAACAGAGGGCUGCUGUGUGAGGAUGAGGCAUUCCCUGCUGAGACUUAUUCCAUAGGUCUACAGCUGCUCAAGGGAAAAAACCUCUCCAGCCUAAGCUGGAUGCGGCCAAAGGAUUUAUUGAAGGGUAAAUCAGAGCCUCACUUCAUCCUGGAAGGUGUGAGCAGUUUCGACAUCCAACAGGGGGAGGCAGGAGAUUGCUGGUUCCUGGCAGCACUGGGCUCCUUGACACAGAACCCACAGCAUCUGCAGAAGAUCCUAAUGGACCAAAGCUUUUCAUACCAAUAUACAGGGAUUUUCCAUUUUCCGUUCUGGCAGUGUGGCCAGCGGGUGGAAGUGGUGAUUGACGAGCGCCUACCUGUCCUGAACAAUGAGCACUUCGUUAAUCCUCGCAACAAACAAGAGUUCUGGCCGAGCCUGCUGGAGAAAGCCUACGCCAAGUUUCAUGGGUCCUAUGUCAACCUGCACCAUGGCUACCUCCCUGAGGUGGACCUCACGGGAGGGGUGGUCACCAGCAUCAGCCUGCGUUCCUCCUCGUCUGACCUGAUGACAGUGGUGAAGAUGGUAGCCGAGGCAGGCUCCCUGAUGACCUGCAGCACCCUGGCCGGGCCGACAACUGAGUCCACGAGGAUGGCAAACGGGCUGGUGAGUCGGCCUGCCUACACAGUGACUGGCACUGAGCAGAUUCAGUACAGGAGCGGCUGGGAAUAUCUUAUCCGCCUGUGGAACCCCUGGGGCGAGAGCGAAUGGAGAGGGUGCUGGAGUGACAGGUCUCUGGAGUGGCAGGAAACCCACGACCGAUGGAAAAGCCAGUUGUAUGAAAAUAAGGAUGAUGGCGAGUUUUGGAUGUCAUGUCAAGAUUUCCGAGAUAACUUCUUCUGCCUAUUUAUAUGUAAGCAAGUUCCAAUCAGCCUGGACCAUGGAAACGCACUCCAUGAAAGAUGGUCCCAACUGAUAAACCACCGAGUCGCUCGGGCAGCAAGUUUACCGAUUCAUCUUCCUGAGCUGCACCUGUCUGACUGUGGGCCAGCACCCCCAGAUAUUAGGCAGAUCGAUGAACUGACCAAAAUUAUACAUUGUGCCAUCUGUAGACCCCAGAGGGACAUGCAGUACAUCUUCUCUGUGCCAGAAAGCAUGGAAAACAGCAAUGUCAUCGUGUCCUUCAAUUUUGUCUUGCCACAAAAUUUAAAGGCAACAGACAGGACAUUUCCACUGAAGUCCGAGGUGUUCAAGAUCGACUAUCAGUUCCAGCAUUUCCGAGAGAGAUUGCCGUCCACCUUUUUUUCCAAAUUCAGAACUGCUGAGAAGGGCAUCGUUUCUGAAACCACAUGCAACCUUACAGAGUGUUUCAGCCUGAGCCCUGGGACCUAUGUGGUGGUCGCCUCCGCAGGCAGAGAAGCAGUUGAGUUCUUGCUCCGAAUCUUCCUAAAGAUGCCAGACAGUGACAGGAACCUGGACGAUAAUCCCAACCUCAGACUACUGCAGAUCCAGGCAAGUCAUCCAGAAAUGGCUCCCAACGAAGCAUUUUCUACAGAUACGCUCAGCAGGAAAAAACCCAGCUGCCAGGGGCUCUGCACGAUGGGCCUUUUACCAUUAGUCGUCAUGUCGGUGUGGGAAGCGGAAAGUCAUAUAGAUGAUCGAGUGUACCAUGCCGACCUCGGGCAGAUAGGGGCCGAGGACAGGAAGACGCCAGACAUUCAGAAGGCUAACAGGGCAUUGGGGCUGGACAUUGAUCCAGGACUUUGCGCCAAGGUGCAUGGCUCGAGAGUAGAACCCAGACUGGACUCCAACUUCGUUUCUCCCCUUGGUGGAUACCCUCCGAACCCAGGUUCAGAGCCUUCUCAACCAGGAAUUCCUAGAAGGACCUCAGCGGACACAUCCUCUUUGCAUGAGUGCCGGAGCACUGUGGCUCUGACAGAUCUGAAGGUGAACAGGCAGCUUGACCAAGAGGAGUUUUCAAGGCUGUGGAGCCGUCUUGUCCACUGCCAGCAUAUGUUUACAGGUGAAGCAGCCUCCAGGGCUGGGAACGAGAUCUCUCGGGACCUCCCUCCACCCAAGUGCGCAGGGCAUCCUCUCCCAGGUGGACACUGGGCUCACACGGGCUUCUUGCUUUUCCUCCCGUAUCACAGUGUUUCCCAAAACUCCCGGAAGAACUCUGGAGUUUUCCCAAGCUCGGAUUUGUGGAAGGCCAUAAAGGACACAGACUUCCUUGCAGGGAUCCCCGUCACCAAUGAGCGGCUGGAUCUCAUGAGACUCCGCUAUAGCGACAGCACAGGCAGGGUCAGCUUCCCCAGCCUGGUCUGCGUCCUGAUGCGGCUUGAAGCCAUGACAAAAGCGUUCCAGAACCUCUCCAAGGACGGAAAAGGACUCUCCCUGACAGAAAUGGAGCCAGGUGGCAAAAUAAGGGUCUUCAACUCCGUGACAAAUCGGAUCUUAGUUCCGGAUGAAAAAUACCUUUGGGGGAGGGGAAAUCCAGCCAGCAAGGUGGACGCCUCCCUCACUCCUAUGAUCCAUAAAAUGGUCAUCAGAUAG